UUCUUCUUCUUCCCAAAGCGAACAGAAUUUUACGAUAUUCCCCGUAUAUUCCGCCCAAGCUCCCGAGCUCAACCUCCAUCGACGCUUUCGCAGCUCACCGCACCCACUCCACGACACCCUCUUCCCCAUGAUCUGAGUCCGGAUUCACGCAGGCUCGGAGCAAUGGGGCUGUUCAGGCGGAUAGCGGGGAUUCUAGGUUUUGGCCGAGACGAAGUCAACAAGGACGACGAGGAUCGACGGCAGCAUCGGGGAGGCGGAGAAGAGCGAGGAGGAGAGGAAGAGGGAGACGAACCUCCGAAUUCGGCCGGCAGAAGUAGAAGCUACCAGGAGACCGGCCUUCCUCGCAGGGGCUUCAGCGUCCCGGUCAAAGUCGCCGUCGAACGGCCGAGCGCCGGCCCCGUCCUCGUCCCCUGCGAUUCCGGCGACGGCGGAGUUCAGGGUCUGCGAUGGUGCGCAAAACGACUGAGGAUAGACGAAGACGGGGAUGUGGCUCAUGAAUUUCUUGAUGAGGUUUUGCUGGAGGCUUUGGAGCCAGAGGAGAAGCCGCAGCUGAAGUUUGCUCCGCGGCACGGUACAAGACCAGCCAUGGUCAAGAAUCAGGUAAUUUCCCACGACGGCAAGGUUCAACACUGUGUGGAACACCAUGGUAGGCUAGAGUGGGUAUAACACUAGCAAGGACCCGCGGAAGAAUGUUCUCCCCGCUUCUAGGAACUUUAAUCCUCUCGUCACGGGAAUCCUGCAUGAUUUUUGGCGAUUCAUUGCGAAUGAUUCUUGCAACUGUACUGAUAGACAGAAACUCCCAUAUUGCAGACAUUCCUGUAUCCUUAUUGAAAGGGAUAGUGUACAUUAACUUUAAACUUUCCCAUAUGAAAGUGUCUUCCUACUUUGCUUGUCCUUU